UGCUCGUCGCCUGCAGCCGGCGGGGUCAGCUCGUGCUCGAUAGCAGCGCCCAUCAAGAUGUCUGCGCUGAGGGUCACCCGGGUGCUUCAAAGCAUUGCUCAAUGUGGCUGGAGAUCACAAUCUAGUCAAGCUGCUCAAGUGUCACAUCAAAUUAAACCUGGAGCUGGCUUUAGUUUUGAGCUCAGUGAUGAACAGAGAGAGUUUCAAGCUACUGCUCGUAAAUUUGCUAGAGAGGAAAUCAUCCCUGUUGCUGCACAAUAUGACAAAACUGGAGAGUAUCCUGUUCCCCUUAUAAAACGGGCAUGGGAACUUGGUCUGAUGAAUUCACACAUACCAGAAAGUUGUGGUGGACUGGGCCUUGGCACUUUUGAAACUUGCCUUAUUACAGAAGAACUAGCUUAUGGAUGUACAGGGGUCCAAACUGCUAUUGAAGCGAAUUCCUUGGGACAAAUGCCAGUCAUCAUUGCAGGAAAUGAGCAACAGCAGAAGAAAUAUUUGGGGAGAAUGACUGAGGAGCCAUUGAUGUGUGCCUACUGUGUAACAGAACCUGGAGCAGGCUCUGAUGUGGCAGGUAUAAAAACGAGAGCUGAGAAGAAAGGAGAUGAAUAUGUCAUAAAUGGUCAAAAGAUGUGGAUCACCAAUGGUGGCAAAGCUAACUGGUAUUUUUUGUUAGCUCGUUCCAAUCCUGAUCUGAAAGCCCCUGCCAGCAAAGCCUUUACUGGAUUUAUUGUGGAAGCAGACAGCCCUGGAAUCCAAAUUGGAAGAAAGGAGAUGAAUAUGGGUCAGCGCUGCUCAGAUACAAGAGGUAUUGUCUUUGAGGAUGUGAGAGUGCCCAAAGAAAAUGUUCUAAGUGCUGAGGGAGUUGGUUUUAAAAUUGCUAUGGGAGCUUUUGAUAAAACCAGACCUCCAGUAGCAGCAGGUGCUGUUGGGCUAGCACAGAGAGCAUUGGAUGAAGCUACUAGGUAUGCUUUGGAAAGAAAAACCUUUGGAAAACCAAUUGUAGAGCACCAAGCAGUGUCCUUCAUGCUGGCUGAAAUGGCAAUGAAAGUGGAACUAGCUAGACUGGCUUGCCAAAGGGCUGCUUGGGAGAUUGAUGCGGGUCGCAGAAAUACUUACUUCGCAUCCAUUGCCAAGGCAUUUGCUGGUGACAUUGCAAACCAACUAGCUUCAGAUGCCGUCCAGAUUUUUGGAGGAAAUGGAUUUAAUAGUGAAUAUCCUGUAGAAAAACUAAUGAGAGAUGCCAAAAUCUAUCAGAUCUACGAAGGAACAGCUCAGAUCCAAAGGCUGAUCAUAGCACGUGAACAUGUUGCCAAGUUUAAAAGUUAAGCAAAAGCAUUGAUGUUGGCUGUCGAUGCCUUUAUAAAGGAAAAGAGGGCUUUAAACUUUUUCUUGAAUGCAGUUUAAAAAGAAAAAAAUAAGAACCUUUCAUUCACACUUUUUGUAUUAUGUACUUUCUUAAACAUCAAUUCCUCCCCCCCCCCCCAUACAAAUUUGGUAUUUUCUAAAGCAUAUCUUUGGCCUCCAAUAUGGUAUUGUGUUUUUUCAAUAGUACAUUUUUUUUCUCCUUAUAAGGGUCCAAACUUGCACACAUUGGAGUACAUUGUAGUUUCAUCAUUGAAUUCAGUAGGAGCAGACUUGGACCUAAGCAAAGAAAAAAAUAUCGAAACCUUUAAUAAAAAAGCUAUUACUCGGUUUCCUCAGAGAUCAUGUUCUGCUUCGUAGGUUUCAAUUUCUUCUGUGUACUUACAGCUUUAUGAGUUCUAGAAACUUGCACUUUCAGAAUAUUUAAAAUUAAGUAUAGGUGAAUGUUUAGGCCCUGCUAAAUUAUAAUACUAUGUUCUGACAUCAAAACAGGGAUUAUUGUUUUAGGAAAAUAAUAUCCCAGCAGCUGAAUUAUCACUUUAUUUUACUUUACUUGUAAAUUAUCUAUACAUGUAUGAGCAAAACCUGUUUUUGUUUACAAUGGCAUAGCAUAACAUGAAAUUUGGUUUACUUGUGCACCAUCUUUCAUCUUAUUCAUCUGAAACCAGUGCUGAUGACUUUUUUUUUUCCUCUCUUUAUUCUGUCUAUUUGGAUGCAUGUAUUUUACCUGCUGUGCCUUAAAAAAAGCUAUCGUAUUGUAUACAGUUAAAAAAAACAAACUUCAUUCUCCUCUCUCUCUCUCCUUCCUAAAAUAAGACUUCUUUUUAUGGAUAAAUACUAUGACCAACUUUUGGGAACUAAUGUUAUGCGCAAUAGUAGUUUCAUUAACUACAUAUUUUUUUUAUAGCAGAAAAACUGAACAAUGACCAUUCAGAUUCAGAUUUAUUUUAGUUUCUUUGAACUGCACGCAUUCAAAAUCACCAUAAGGGUUACUGUGCCACAUUUUUGGUUAUAGUAUCCCUAUUAAACAUAAAUAUUACCUUAUAAACUCAAGUAUGAUGAUUGAUAGAAGCAGUAAAUCACACAAUGCAAAGUUUUUCCUGUCAUGUUUAAUAGUAAAUGAUUGGAAAGUUGUUUCUGUUAGUCAUAGUGCUGAA